GCGGUCGCUAUGGUAACCAGUCUUGCCUUCCAAGGAGUACCAAGCAUGGUAAUCAUCAGUGAAAAUUCAUGAAUGUGAGCAAGGCAGUGCACUAAGCAGGAGAGACAAAGAGCUGAAAAUGGCAAAAAGAGAAGCAGAUGAUCACAGAGCAUCACUUUCUCAGUCUUCUUUAUCACCUCUGACUAAAGCCAUGAAGGUAUCACAGCAGAGCAAUGCUGAAGACACCUUCAAUGGAGACACCAUUCACCCAAUUUCCAAAUGUAUUUCAAAAGAUUUACCAAGAGAGUUUAUGUCAUCCCAGGCAAAAGCAGUUAUUAAAACUACUGAAGAUUAUUUGCAGCCUCAGUUUGGCCCCAACAGACUUUUAUAUUCAGCGGCAGUAUCAGAAGGGUCAGGACUUCAAGAUUGCUCCACACAUCAAACAGCACCAGAUCAUAGCCAUGAUGAAAUAUCAGACCCAUAUCGCUACAAAUCAAACAGUAAAAACAAUUCUUGUUUUAUAUCAGCAUCCAAGAGAAACAGAUCUGUCAGUGCUCCAGUGGGUCAACUGAGAGUUGCAGAGUUCUCUUCUUUAAAAUUUCAGCCAGCCCAGAAUUGGCAUAGAUUGUCUCAAAGACGCAAACUUCAUCCUGAAGUGAUUACAGUAACAGCUUACAAAAAUGGAUCUAGAACAGUCUUUACCAAAGUUACAGUACCAACCAUCACCUUGUUGCUGGAGGAGUGCACAAAAAAGCUGAAUCUGAACAUGGCCGCACGACGAGUGUUCUUGGCAGACGGCACUGAAGCCCUCAAACCUGAAGAUAUACCCCAUGAAGCCGACGUUUAUGUUUCAACAGGAGAGCCCUUUUUAGAUCCAUUCAAAAAAAUUAAAGACCAUCUGUUGUUAAUGAAGAAAGUAACUUGGACAAUGAAUGGGCUGAUGCUUCCUACUGAUGUUAAAAGACAGAAAACCAAACCUGUUCUUUCUCUUAGAAUGAAGGGACUUACUGAAAAGACCUCAGUCCGAAUUCUGUUCUUUAAGAAUGGCAUGGGGCAAGAUGGGCAUGAGAUUACAGUGGGAAAGGAAACAAUAAAAAAGGUUUUAGAUACUUGCACAAUGAGAAUGAACCUAAAUUCACCAGCCAGAUAUCUUUAUGAUUGGUAUGGCAGAACAAUUAAAGAUAUUUCAAAAGGUAAGUGA